AUGAACAAAGAACAAGAUUUACAAGAAUACAUUUACAAAAAUUAUGGAACUAAACAACUACAACAAAAUGAUAUACAGAAAGUAAUAAGAUAUGCUGUAGAUCUCAACUUAAUAAAGGAGUUAGACAUAAAUAUAGUUCCUCCAAUUGGAACCUCUGAUUUGUACAACAAAAUAAUUGAAUGUAAGAAAAAUAAAGAAAGUUUAGUUACAAUUACAACACCUUUAGACAGUAGAUUAACAGAUGUUCAAAAGGUAGAGAAAAUAAUGAAAACAUUUCUUAAAUAUGAAGAGACAAGAAGGAGUAAAAGAACUGUAAAUGGUUGGUUAGUUUCAAUUAUUUUAUCUCUAAUCAUUUCUAUUUAUUUACAUAGAAAUUAUAUAAGAGAACCUUUUUAA